AUGGCGGGCAUGCAUGGAGUAGCGAUUGGGAGUGGGAUUGUGCCCCAGUGGCAGCAUGACGAGGUCUUCAUUGGCAAAAUGGAGAAGGGCGAGUCCAUAGAGAUCCUGACAACCUCCGAAGACCUUACGAUAGAGCAGCGGGAGAUCAUGCAGGAGCGCCAACUCAUCAGCAAUCCGAUCAAAGCAUGCCUUCGAUCCUGUGUCGAUUCCCUCAAUGGUGUGGUAGAUGACAGCGCCACACCGAAGGCAAAGCCUCGAAGGAAACGGAAGGAGCUGACCAUGAUGGACAAAGUUAGCAAGAUCGUGACGCUCUUUCAGUGGGUCCCACAGCUGACGUUCCACAAGGUUCGUGCUGACCUCGUGGCUGGCUUGACAGUCGGCGUCAUGGUGAUCCCUCAGAGCAUGUCGUACGGAGCAAUUGCAGGACUUCCAUACAUCAACGGCAUGUACUCUGCGUGCGUUCCUACUUUGGUCUAUGCCCUGUUUGGCCAGAGCCGACAGCUGGCCGUUGGCCCCGUUGCCAUGGUGUCUCUUCUCAUAGAAGCAGGCCUCAACGGAAGCCUGGGCCCGGAGUGCGAUGUACCCGGCAAGGCGCAGUACGAGGUGUGCACCAGUGAGUACGUGGGCCUCGCCUGCCUUGCAGCGGCACUUGUUGGUGUAAUGCAGGUUGCGGCAAGCCUUCUGAAGCUGGGUUUUCUGGUCACUUUCUUGGGCCAUCCAGUCAUCAGCGGAUUUACCAGUGGAGCUGCCAUCAUCAUCGGGCUCAGCCAGCUCAAGUACAUGCUGGGCUACGACAUUCCGAAGUCCCAGUACAUCUACGACACCAUCAUCAACGUUGCGAUGAACAUCCAAGAAACCAAGCCGAUGCCCCUUCUACUGGGAGUUCUAUGGCUUGCCUAUCUCAUCACCAACAAGCAGAUUGCCAGCAGAUACCGACCGCUCAAGAUGCUGGGUCCAAUGGGCCCCUUGAUCAGUUGCGUGGCGGGGACUGUGCUGAUCUGGGCGUGGCCAGAUAUGAGCGAGAAGUACCACGUCAAGUACGUGGGGGAGAUUCCGUCGGGCUUAUUUCCGCUGAGUAUCGACAGCUGGCAAUUGGACAAGAUUCCCGCCGUCGUUGGAACUGCAAUGUCAGCUUGCCUGAUCGGCUACAUGGAGUCCAUUGCCAUUGGCAAAAACCUGGCGAACGCCAAUGGCUACGAGAUAGAGGCGGGCCAGGAGAUGCUAGCCUUGGGCAUCUCCAAUCUCGUUGGCGCAGCAUUCUCCUGCUAUCCGGUUACCGGCAGCUUCUCGCGCUCCGCGGUGAACAACUCCACAGGAGCCCAGACUCAACUAUCCGGCGUCAUCACGGCGCUUGUGAUGCUUUGUACCCUCCUGUUUCUUACACCUUUGUUCUACCACUUGCCCAAGUUCGCCUUGGCCGCCAUCGUCAUGAACUCGGUGAUUCCGCUGGUCGCCUUGGGGGAGGCCAAGCACCUCUUCCACGUCAAGAAGCACGACUUUCUGCUUUGGGUCACCGCGUUCUUGGGGACGCUGUUCCUGGGCGUUCUGAUGGGCAUCAUGGUUGCUGUCGGUCUGUCGUUGACCAUCGUCAUCUAUGAGUCGGCCAGACCGCAAAUUACCAUCCUGUGGCGCAUACCUGGGACUUCUAUCUACAGAAACAUGAAGCAGGAGAGCAGCGGCACGUUCAUCCAAAACGUGUUCAUCGCGCGGAUCGGUUCAUCUCUGUACUUUGCCAACGCGUCCUUCGUGAAGGAUAUGCUGCUGGCCCAUGUCAGUGACCUCGAGCUGGUGAACAAGACAGAGUACAUAGUGCUGGAAAUGACGCCGGUGAUCAGCGUGGACUCGUCUGCCUGCCACGUCAUCAAGGAUGUGGUCAAUGACUUCCGCAUGAGGGGCAUGCAGGUGGCAUUCGCCAUGGUGGGCAAUCGGGUCGAGAAGACUCUGCGGAAGGCGGGAUUGAAGAAGUUCAUUGGCGACCAAUGGUUCUUCCCCACUGUGGAGGAGGCCGUCCAGUACUGCGUGAAGCAUCAGCACGCGCGGCGGGUGCAGGAUGAGAGGUCCAGCCGUGCUGCCUCCGGGAUGAUCACUGCCGAGGAAGAGGCUUCAGUCACUCCAAUUGACAUCUCAACGAUCCAAGUGCAUUGUGGAAAUGAGAUUGGCUUUAGCAAUGAUCUCCAUUCAAACUGCACCAUGGUGUUCAUUAGUUUGGUCAAAGAUGUCCCGAUGAUCAUGAGCGAGAUUGCGAAUGUCUUCAAGAAGAAUCAGGUGAGCAUCAUCCGUGCACAGAUAGACCCAUCGAACGACGAAAGCGGCGCGAAGCACAUCUACUUUGUCCGAAGCAUCAGGUCGGAUUCCAAGUUGACCGGCUUGGAGAUCAGUCGGCUCAGGGAGGACCGACCCCCGCAGCACAGCUGCGCUUUUCGCUGGUUUCUACUUGGUCGGGUACUUAUAGGGUUCAGGGUUCAGGGUUCAGGGUUCAGGGUUCAGGGUUUAGGGUUUAGGGUUUAG